CGCGCGGCGCCUGCGCACGCGGUGACCUUUAACAAUAUCUGGCUGUGGACCUCUGCUGGGUCCAGCCGUUGCUUUGGCGUUGAGAUGCUUCAAAGCAUUAUUAAAAAUGUGUGGGUCCCCAUGAAACCUUACUAUACUGAAGUUUACCAGGAGAUCUGGAUCGGAAUGGGGUUGAUGAGCUUCAUUGUUUAUAAAAUCAGGAGUGCUGAUAAAAGAAGUAAAGCUUUGAAAGCUCCUGCACCUGCUCAUGGUCAUCACUAACCAGCCUCACUUGGAGCACACAAGAGAUGGACCCGUAGAGCUAAGCAAAGCUGUGUCACAUGGACUGUCCCUGUGUACUUGUAUAAGUAGCAUGUACUCAUGGCAUGAAUAAAUGUGUCUGUGAGAUGCAAAAAAAAAAAAAGAAAUGAUAAACA